AUGCGGGAAUGGUGGGUGUGGUUGAAAGCUGGGACCUACUUGAGGGAUGGAGGCUUGGAGACAACCGUCAGUCUCUGUGACGAUCUGGAUCGACCCUCUUACUGUGGGCGGAUCUGCUACUGCUGUACAACUCGGGCCCGUGUUUACUAA